AGAGGAAGCGAGGGGGGGUGGGAAAAAAAGGAAAAGAAGAUUUUUUCUCUAUGUAUAUAAAGAUGGCCACGUUAGCAAACGGACAAGCAGACAAUUCCAGCCUCAGUAGCAACCACACUAGCCCCAGCACCAACGGGCACAUGAACGGAUUAAACCACAGUCCAGGGAACCCGUCCACCAUUCCCAUGAAGGAUCAUGAUGCCAUCAAGCUCUUCAUUGGGCAAAUCCCUCGCAACCUGGACGAGAAGGACCUCAAGCCUCUCUUUGAAGAGUUCGGAAAGAUCUAUGAACUGACCGUGCUAAAGGACAGGUUCACGGGCAUGCACAAAGGUUGUGCCUUCCUAACAUACUGUGAAAGAGAAUCUGCUCUAAAAGCCCAGAGCGCGCUGCAUGAACAGAAGACAUUGCCAGGGAUGAACAGACCGAUCCAGGUGAAACCGGCGGACAGCGAGAGCCGAGGAGAAGACAGAAAACUCUUUGUGGGCAUGCUCAACAAACAACAGUCGGAAGAUGACGUGCGCAGGCUAUUCGAGGCCUUCGGGAACAUCGAGGAGUGCACAAUUCUUCGGGGACCGGACGGCAACAGCAAAGGGUGUGCGUUUGUGAAAUAUUCCUCACAUGCGGAAGCCCAGGCAGCCAUCAACGCCUUGCACGGAAGCCAGACAAUGCCGGGGGCCUCGUCGAGCCUGGUGGUCAAGUUUGCCGACACGGACAAGGAGCGCACCAUGCGGCGCAUGCAGCAAAUGGCUGGGCAGAUGGGCAUGUUCAAUCCCAUGGCGAUCCAAUUUGGAGCAUACGGCGCGUAUGCACAGGCAGUAAGUCAGCAGGCAGCCAUUAUGGCAUCCGUGGCCCAAGGCGGGUACCUAAACCCCAUGGCAGCUUUUGCAGCGGCUCAGAUGCAGCAGAUGGCAGCGCUGAACAUGAAUGGACUUGCGGCCACGCCCAUGACCCCCACCUCAGGUGGCAGCACGCCUCCAGGCAUUACUGCAUCAGCCGUGCCUAGCAUCCCUUCUCCUAUUGGGGUAAACGGUUUUACUGGCCUACCGCCACAAGCUAAUGGGCAGCCCGCUGCAGAAGCUGUCUUUGCCAACGGCAUCCAUCCUUACCCAGCGCAGAGCCCCACCGCAGCCGACCCCUUGCAACAAGCCUACGCUGGAGUGCAGCAGUAUGCAGGUCCUGCUUACCCUGCUGCGUAUGGCCAGAUAAGCCAAGCCUUCCCACAGCCGCCUCCCAUGAUUCCACAGCAACAGAGAGAAGGACCAGAGGGCUGCAACCUGUUUAUCUACCAUCUGCCCCAGGAGUUUGGGGACGCAGAGCUGAUGCAGAUGUUCCUGCCAUUCGGUAAUGUCAUCUCCUCGAAAGUGUUUGUGGAUCGGGCGACAAACCAAAGUAAAUGCUUUGGUUUUGUGAGUUUCGACAAUCCUGCCAGUGCUCAAGCUGCGAUCCAAGCUAUGAACGGCUUCCAGAUUGGCAUGAAGAGGCUGAAAGUGCAGCUGAAAAGGCCGAAGGAUGCUAACCGCCCCUACUGA